AUGGAUCGUCAUACGUCUCAUCACCGAUAUGACUUGAUAGUUCUGAUUCUGAUUCGUCCACUUUCGCAUUUUGACAUUCCCUGUGAUAUAACAUGUAAACUAGUCAUCUUAGCGUCUCAUGCAACGCCUCAAGGAUAUAAUCUUCCAACACCUUCAGGACCUGGAUUACUUCUUGAUGGAUCCUCUUCCGGAUUUAUAAGUGGAAGUAGUUCUUCUGGACACGGAAAUGAUGGUGGAACAUCUGCAGUAGGAGGAUGUAAAGUAGGAGAGAUUCUUCACGUGGAUGGCACAUGUGUCGUUCCAGUCAUAACAAGGAAUAUAUUCCUUUACGAUGCUCCCAAGCAAACAGAAGAAGCUGGUGGUACAUUUCCAAGCUUCCCUCCACCGAAAGUAGACCAUAAUAUUAUCUUUGUGCGCCUUCCUAAAGGAGAAGUAGGUACCGAGCCCGUUAUUGUUCCUCCUCCAAGGCAGGAGAACAUCAUUUAUGUCCUCAACAAAAGCGGUGGAAGCGGAGGUCAGCGAGUGAUCGAGGUGACAGCUCCUCCUCCUUCUAACCCAGAGGUUUACUUCGUUACCUAUGGAGACGGCGAAAAUCCAACUCUUCCUAUUGGUGUUGAUCUAGAGACUGCACUUAGCGUUGCCACUGAAGCUGGCGGUCAGGCCUUCGGAGGAGCCAGUGUAACAGGCGAUGGAUUUGGCGGUAAAGUUGGAAGCUCAGGAUCAGGAGGGAAUACUUUAAUCGGAAGCACCAGUGGAAGUGACAGUGAAUCUGGGAGUAAUGCCAGAGGAAGUGAAGGUUCAGUGGGAUUUGGAAUUAACGAUGAAUUUGGUGGCGAAAGGUCAUCGUAUUCAGACACUGGCUUUGAGGGUACAGGAUUUGAUUCUGGUUUUCAGGCAGGCGUAGUUGAUUCUGAUGAUCAGUAUGGUCAUCAAAGAGAUACCUCCCUUUCUACGCCGUCUAGUCUAUAUUCCGGACCCUAA